AUGGUUCACUUAGGCCCAAAGAAACCACCAGCCAGAAAAGGUUCCAUGGCAGAUGUGCCAAGAACCUUGAUGGAACAGCUUGCUAACUUUGAACAGCUAUUUAGCGUUUCUCCUGAGAGGUUAAGGAUUAUCACAGAUCAUUUUGUUGGCGAAUUGCAAAAAGGGUUGACUAAGAAGGGCGGCAAUAUCCCAAUGAUUCCGGGCUGGGUUAUGGACUACCCAACUGGUAAAGAAACUGGUAACUAUUUGGCUAUCGACUUGGGUGGUACUAAUCUGAGGGUAGUUUUGGUUACCCUAGGUGGGAAUCACGACUUCGACACCACCCAAUCCAAAUAUAAGAUACCAUCGCAUAUCAGAACUACCCAGAACCACGAAGAACUAUGGAUGUUCGUUGCUGAGAGUUUGAAAGCUUUCCUCGAAGAUCAGUUCCCAGAUGGUGUGAAGGAAAAUUUUCCUCUAGGGUUCACCUUCUCUUACCCUGCCUCUCAGGAUAAGAUUAAUGAGGGUAUUUUGCAAAGGUGGACAAAGGGUUUCGAUAUCCCAAAUGUUGAGGGUCAGGAUGUUGUGCCAAUGUUACAGAAGUGUUUGAAUGACAUAAAUUUACCAAUUAAGGUUACCGCGUUGAUCAACGAUACUAUUGGUACCUUGGUUGCGUCUUUGUACACCGAUGCUGAAACCAAGAUGGGUGUUAUCUUUGGUACUGGUGUGAACGGUGCGUACUAUGAUGUAUGUUCUAACAUUGAAAAGUUAGAAGGUAGGUUGCCAGGUGAUAUUCCUGCUGAUUCUCCUAUGGCGAUCAACUGUGAGUAUGGUUCUUUUGACAACGAGCACCUUGUGUUGCCAAGAACUAAGUACGAUAUUCUGGUUGACGAACAGUCCCCAAGACCAGGUCAACAAGCAUUUGAGAAGAUGACCUCGGGUUAUUAUUUAGGUGAAUUGUUGCGUUUGGUUCUAUUGGACGUUUACGCCCAGGGUUUGAUAUUCCAAGGACAAAAUAUAACCAAAUUAGAAGAGCCAUACAUUAUGGACACAUCCUACCCAUCCAGAAUUGAGGAGGAUCCAUUUGAGAACUUGGAUGAUACUGAUGACUUGUUCAGGAAUGAUUUUGGUAUCGAAACAACAUUGCCAGAACGUAAGCUAAUCAGAAGGCUCUCUGAGUACAUUGGUGUAAGAGCUGCCAGAUUGAGUGUCUGUGGUAUAGCUGCUAUCUGCAAGAAGAGAGGUUAUGAGACUGCUCACAUUGCUGCUGACGGUUCUGUUUACAACAAGUAUCCUGAUUUCAGGAACAGAGCAAUGAGUGGGUUGAGAGAUAUUUACGACUGGCCUCUGUCUGCGACGAACGAUUAUCCAAUCACUCUUGUCGCUGCGGAGGAUGGUUCUGGUGCCGGUGCCGCAAUUAUUGCUGCUUUGACACAAAAGAGAUUGGCAGAAGGCAAGUCUGUUGGUGUUAUGGACCACUAA